GACGGGAAGAAAGAUUAGACCUAGUCCUAUAUCUACUACUACUCCCCCCUAGUGUUUCCCCCGUUCUCUCACUAUCGUAUCAUCUAUAGAUGAGAUAGAGGUGAGCGGGGGGAAACAAGAGGAGUUAGGUACCUAGCCGGCCGUGUGUAUGUGUGUCGCGGAGGAAAAGGGGGGAAACACGCACGAGCAGACGGACGGACGCUUACAUUCAAACGUGACUGAUUUGCAUGUGCGUUCCCGUCGAGACUAAACUAGGAGACGGGAAAGGCAAAUUAGGGGCACAACGAUCUUUCUCUAAACCAGAUUUUCUUCCUCUGCGCUUGCUGCGAUGUAGGAGAAUAGCAAUUGCUUUCAUUAUAUACCUACCUACCUACCUACUUAUCUACAUAUCGGUAGGAAGAAAUGGCAACUUCGACGACAGCGUCGUCGUUUAAGAAGACGACGCUGUCACAUGCGCAGAAGUCGGUGCUUGCCAUGUCCCGCGCCCAGUACCUUGAGGACAUCCGCGGCACGCGGCCCGCUGACAAGCUAUACGUGGGCGUAUGCAUCUUCCGCAUGGACGCGCAUAGCUCACGGCCCUCGGUCUUGUUACUUCGACGGUCGGAUACCCCUGAGGCGGCUUCGUACGCUAAUUCCCCUACUACCCCUAAUUCUCCUACUACCACUACUGCUUCUACUACUACUGCUGCUUUUAGUGCCUCCCCCUAUUCUCGCUGGGGCCGUGGUGACUGGCAUAAUAAGCAGCACCAGCAACAAGAUAGCAACGGCGCGGAAAGGGAAAGGGAAAGGGAGAGAGAAGGCGAAAUGGAAAGAGAAUAUCAGACUAGAUGCAACGCUGGCAUGUGGGAGCUCCCCGGGGGCAAGGUGCGCGACGGCGAUUUCUGCAUCUCGGCGGCCGUGGCGCGGCGCGUGGUGGAGCAGACGGGGUUGCGUGUUGUGAGAGUGCUUGGGGCUCUGCAAGAUGUGAGACGGGUUGCCGAGGUGCGGAUCCUGGACUGGGAUGACGACGGCGUGGGUAUAUUUACCGCGGGCGGGAGUAGUGGGAAUUUAUCCGUGCUAGAUGGGGCGACGUUGACGUCGGCUACGGGGUCACCUGGCGGUGGUAGUCUCGGAGGGAGUAGUGGGGAUAGAAGUGGGAGUGGGAGUGGGAGUGGGAGUAGUAGUAGUUGGAGCGGUGGUGCGGGUGGGAUAGGGGGAAGAGGAACAGGCGGGUUCAGGGGCAGUAGUGGCUCGUCGCAGUCACGAAGGUCGCCGAUACAUAAUCCGCAACUAGUCCUGCGUAUGGAGUAUCUACAGCUUAAUUACGCGGUGCUGGUGCAGAAUCACGAGGACUUGGCUGUGAAGUCGCCGGAGCAUGACGAGUUGGUGUGGGCGAGCUUUAGUCGUGCUGAGGCGUUGCCUAUGCCGGAGGAACUGAGGACUGUUGUGCAUCAGGGGUUGGCGUUUGCGGGGGAGUAUUUGUUUUGAAAGGGCAUUUGGGGGUACCUAUGGAUG